AUGCAAUCCGGAGCCCCUUACAGGACAGACUUCGAAAAUCGGAUUGAGAACGCCGUGCAGCUCGAUGCUGACGGAGCAUACCCCAGUUUUGCUUUCAUCUGCAAUGCCUACGAUGUUUGUCGCCAGCAACACCUUCAAGCAUCGGACCAACUCCAGCAGCCAACCAACACCCCUUUCAACCCGAAAGCGCUCAUCACUUCCGUCAGCCGGGAUGAAGAUUGGGACGCUUCAAUGUUCCUGACAGGUGUUGACCAGGAGGACUGGAGGGACGCGCUUGACUUCUACGCUCUCACAGCGGCAAGGUGCUGGGGCUGCGGUGGCGAGAACCACUACCAACGGGAUUGUCCUCAGAAGGGCCGGUCACUGACUCCGGGAAAUCAGAGGGGUCAGGCGAUCGGAACUUUAUUCGGGACAAUCUACGGUCAGUUACCCAGCGGUUUCCAGGUCACAUCGGCACAGUUCCCAAAUUACUCAGCUUUGGUACACUCAACAUGGACAACCGCCUUCACAGCAACAACGGCCCAACAGCACGCCAUCCGCAAAGCCUGGGGGGGUAUCGUCUCAAGUCUUGGAAAUCGGGGCGCUGCCAGAUGA